UUUAUGGAUAUCCCCGGGCCUAAUGGAUAAUCCGAGUACGUUUGUAGUUUCUAAAAUUAGUUAAGGCUAUAAAGGACAUUACAAGCAUUUUAUGUUGAACGAAAAAUUAAAAUAAAUAGUUGUUUUUUAUAACCAAGUCUUUGGUUGCCAAAAUUAGGGCGUACUCAAAAUCGAAUUUCGCAUUCAUUGGUUUCACUAGGUUUCGCGUUCAUCGUGAUUUCACAAGCUCUGUCUCGCCAUCCAUGGCUUCUCGAUGCGCGUUUCAUCAGGGAUUCGAAAGCCGCAGUUUCAUUACGAUUUCGCGAUUCUCCGUCUCAUUUUCUCCCCUGAUGAAAGGAAUUGGGGAAAUCGCAUUUCGCAGCACUACGAGAUCUCCGUCUAUCGUCGAUGGUGGAUCUGGAUCUGGUCGGCGAAGGAGAGAACCCUGUCGAGAGGGGAGAGGAGUCAUCGCAAUACCGACGCGGUCCCGGUUCAGGCUGAGUUGGGCCUGUGAGUGUUUGGACCAAUUGGCUGAGUUGGGCCUGUUAGUGGGCCUGUUGCCGCCGAUUUAUAUAUAAUCAAUAAAUACGAAGAAUGUCUCUACCAAUGUGCCGUUAUUGCGGAAGUUCGUCUGCGAUCAACUACUGCUGGGUUGCGCGACAACCCAGGAUCUGUUACGGACGCAGUAAUGAUUAUGCGUAUCAGACUCGUGGUCACCUCCAGAGUCCUAUCUGUCAAUUCUGUGGACAGAACCCUGCCUUAAUUGCAUGCUAUCAAGAGAAUCUCAAGCUCUGCUACCAGUGUUUUGUGAAUCACCAGAUAUGUGUUCCUGCUCUUCACACAGUGCACGUUAUCCCUUUUUCCUCUCACAUGGUAUGCGCUCAACCUAUAGGAGCCCUUGGUAAUAGAGCAGGACGUGGUGCAGGAGAACGCGGACAAGGAGGGGGAAGGGGACAUGACAGCGAUGGAGGAAAUAAAAGACCACGGACUGUCAUCGGCCCAGAGAUGCCGCUGCUGCAACUUCUUGACAAGCCUGGACCUAGUCAGCCUCAUAGUCAUCGUCAAGCAGGAAUCAUGAACUUGGAUCUUAUGUUUCACCAAAGUACUCUCGCUGCACUUGAGGAGCAAAUUAUAAGAUCAUAUGGUGGAACCCGAUUGCCCAGGGGACUAGGCAUUGGAACUCGGCUUCCUCUGCUUAUUAAUCUUCAGCAUACUUCUAGCAGUGAAUCCAAUUCGAUUGAGAAUUGUAUCACCGAUGUCAUCGCUGGAUCCACUGGCGUUUCAGGAUCUACUGGAGGAGCAUUGUUGGCACUCAUGAAGGCUGCAAAAGAAUCACUUCGAAAGAUCCUAGUCCUACGAGAUUUCUCCGAGUACCCUCUUGAUGGAAACAUGCACUGCACCGAUCGCUUUGCUGUUAUGUUUAGCGGCUAUUUGGAUGAUGUGGAAGCGCAGCAUGAGAACGUGGCUGAGUUCUUGACAAAGGAGUUAAAGUAUCUAGAUGCCUUUGGGGAUGUCGACAUGCCCGAGGAGGUUAUGUCCAGAUCAAUAUUCACGGCAAUCCUCUCGCAGCUUCUGGAUGAAAUUCACCCGAAGCCUGCUGAUUUAGUCAGUGGUGUAUGGGACUACGUUGAAGCUGUUCUCUCAUUGGUCAUCACCAAAUAUUCAGACAAUUUUCCACAGAUUCAGUCUUCCCUCAAACGAGCUGGUCAAAGUCUUAUCAGCAGGAUGAAGGAACAAUCAGGGAACCGGGUUGCUGAAAUCCUUGAGACAGAGAAGCUGACUGAUUACACAUGUAAUCGGACCUACAUGACUUCGUGGACUGAGAAGAUGAAUGAACAACAAAGCUUCAUCAAUGCUGUUCUGCACGAUGGUAGCAAACCUGCCUACUUCUCUUUAACAGGAUUCGGUGAUGUUCAGAUUUCGCAUCUACGCAAGUAUCACGCUCAUUUACUGCAAAAGGCGUUUGGAUUGAAGAUGAGGAUUGCAGCCUACUGGCCUCUCGUCUCGCAGAGAAUUGUUGACAGCAUUUCAUUGCAUCUUCAGCUCUCUGUGAAUUAUCUGGUCAACAGUCGCUUCGAGACAGAGAUCUUGGCUGAAAUGGUGGAUUUUUGGGGUGGUGGAAGAGUUGAGAGGAUGCUGCGAGGUGGUGAGCUAGAGAAGGAGGUAAUGGAGAGCAGUAUCGGCCUCUUGAAGGACACUGUUGACGUCGUUUAGCUAUUUCCUCUUGGUUUAGACUAAAUUGGCUUUGGCUUUCGCAAGUUUGUGUUCUGAGUCGGUUUGAUUACUUUUCUGAUGUCUUUUUUUCCUUCUUUUUGGCAAGUGAUUGUUAUCGAUCUUUGUAUGCACAUAUCAAUGAUUCAAACUUGACGAUUGUAUAGUUUCCAUACAAUAUUUGAAGUCCUCGUUAUUGUA